AUGAGUGGUGUCCAGUUGCUGUGUACUCUGGUCUUAGUGGUGACUUUGACCAGUGGUCAAAAUCUAGAGAAGGAAACAUGUGAUGCCUCGCGUAGAGAAGUGGACGUCCAGAUGACCAAUGCCAACGCUAUUAUAGGUGGACUGUUUGGGAUGCGAAGUCCAAUUUUGGGGGGAUAUGCUUGUGGUCAGCCUCACAAAGAAAUGAUUCAGGUAUAUGAAGCAGCCAGAUGGGCCCUCAACAGAGUCAACACAUUAAACUACAUCCCUGGAGUCCGCCUGGGGAUGAAGGUGUAUGACACAUGCUUUUCCCAGAUGAUGGCAGUAAAAGCAGUGAACAGAUUUUACCCACAAAUCUCCAGUGCUUCCACUUCCUGUACGACAGGAAGCACCAUCAAUCUAGGUAUCCUCGGACCAAUGUCCAGUUGGACCUCCAAGCCUGUAGCAGCAUUAACAGCCAAGAUUCCUGCCUCUGUUGUGUCACCACGUGCUGUGUCAGCCGAACUGAGUGAGAAGACAGAUUACCCCUACUUUAUGAGAACUACUCCAAAUCUCGUUUCCCAGACAGAGGCUAUGCUUGCUGUCCUUGAAAGGAUGUCAUGGAAGAAAGUGGUGGUUGUGUAUUCUGACAGUGUUUAUGGAAAGGAUGGCUACAAUACCUUCAUGCAUAUGGCAUACAAAAAGUCUGUAUGUAUUAUAAAGGGAAUUUCUAUUCCCGUAUCUGGAUCAGUUACAGAUAUUCAACAGCGAUUGGCAGGAAUCGUCAACUAUGGUGUCGAUGCUGGAUUAUAUGUUGGCUCCGCAACUCUGUCUUUGAAGCUUUUUAGUGCAUUGGAGAACAUACCAGAUGCAGGAAAAUUGCAAUGGAUGUUGACAGAUAUGAAUUUAAUGGAGAGCUACGCAUCACCUCUUGCAAGGGGAACCAUUUUUAUAGGUCCAAGGACGGUCACUGUGACAGAGUUUAGAGAUUACUUUUUGGGCCUUGAUGAGAACAACCCAUCUUCAGAAAACCCUUGGUAUAAAGACUGGUACAUGACCAUGUACAAUUGUCGCUUAAGUGGAGUUAACUACGCGCCCUAUAACUCUCUAAAUCUGUGUCCAAACCUCAGUUCAGCACAAAAAGAAGCUGAUUACAAACAGGUGAUACACGUUGAGACGACCAUUAAGGCAGUAUUUGCCUAUGCGUCCGCUUUACGUGUGGCUCAAGGUGACCGAUGUGGGUCAACAGGAACAUACUGUUCUGCACUCCAAUCUCUCUCUAGUAGCGAAUUUUUCAAUUACCUCCGCAACGUUGACUUCCAGUUUUCCUCUGCACAAGGUAUCACUUCCCUUUUGGGACACAGAGUCAAGUUUGAUAAAAAUGGGGACAUCACUACUCAGGACUUCACUGUAUAUAACUACAAUAAUAAAAAUGGUCCCGGCUACUCCUUUGUGGAGGUGGGAAGUUAUCAGUCUGGUGCCCUUAGUCUCAAUAUACCAGACAUAAUGAUGUACGAUGAACUUCGAACCAGUGCACUUACCAGCCUGCCUUCGACAUCCUGCCCCAGCCCUGGGUGUAUGUAUUGUGAGAUCCCUAGGGACAUGGUGGAAUUCUUGUACACGCCUGGUGAUGUCGUCAUUGCUGGACUGGUCAACGGUCACUAUGCAGGAAUGGAUCCCCUAUCCUGUGGCCUUCCGAGUGGCAUGGGAAUGGCCGAGGCAGUGGCAUUUCAGUACGCUAUCAACACAGCCAAAACUGCACUACCUGGUGUCUUAAACGGUGUGAGUCUGGGAGGACUGGUGGCUGAUAUCUGUAGCCAUCCUCUUAUCGGUAGGAUGUUUAUAAACAACAUCCUAGACGGCCGGAACAACGUAAUGGACAAAAUGGGGCAUAUGGUGGACCCACAUGCAAUCAAAGCUGUUGUUGAUGGACAGGCUGACUUCUCCCUGGGUUUAGGUUCGAAUAUGGUGCCAGAAGUUGGUACAGUAGCAGGCAGUUAUUCGUUUGCAGAUAAGGAAAUGUUUCCAUACUUCACACGAGCCAGUGCAGGAGCUGAGCAGAUGACCACAGCGCUCAUAAAUAUUCUGUCUAAUAUGGGAUGGUUCUAUGUGCAGACAGUCCAGUCAUCCAAUUACGACAUGGAAGUAAUUGGAAAGCUCCGCGAAUAUGCAGCAUUAGCAAAGGUGUGCAUAUCUGCAUCACACAUGGUAUCAGAGGAUGGCAAUUACGAUCAGGUGAUUGACGAGAUUCAGGAAAAACCUGCAGCUGCUGUUGUCAUACUGUUUGUAAACCAGGCAGAUAUCAGGGGCCUGAUGUCAAGUGCCAAGGCUAAGGGUCUUGUUGGCAAGAUGUUGUUUAUUGGAACUGCAAGCUGGGGAAGUCGUCUGAGCUCUGUUUCUGGGCUAGAAGAUAUUGCUCAUGGCAGCCUCAUUUUAGAGCCAAUGGCGUCCCCUAUAUCUGGUUUCCGGGCAUGGAUCAACGGUCUAGAUCCUCGCACAGCUGGAAAUGUUCCAGGCUUUAAGGAAUGGUAUCAGGUUACUUUCAAUUGCUACAUUGAUGCUGAAGCAAAGAGUGACUAUCCAGGAGAAUGUGGAAAUAGCCCUAUCACAAGUGGACCAAAUUACGAAAAUCCAUUCCAGUUAUCAUACAUGAUUGACUCUGUGUAUGCUGUCUCUAAAGCACUCGAUGCUACAUUAAAGCAUUACUGUGGUGCCACCUAUACAGGAGUUUGUGUUCAAUUCCGUGCUGAUCCAAAAGCUAUGGAUAUGCUCAACCAUUACAUUCAGAACACUUCGUUCACUGGAGAGUCCAACUCACUUUUUCAGAUGAGACAUGGUGAAGGCACAAACGGAUUCAACAUCCUAAAUUAUAGGCAGGGCAGUGGAUAUGUUAACGUUGGUAACUACAACGUGAGAGAAGGGCUGUUUACACUGGCUGCCAAUAAUAUUCAAUACCCAACUGGGACUGGAGCAGAUUUCAAAUCUAGUUGUCCUGGAAGUUGUGCCGAGUGUAGCUAUGUUGCUGCAUCAUCUAAUGCCAUGGUUGAUAUUCCAGGAGAUAUCCAGAUCGGAGGCAUGUUUGGUGUACACUCUGUGUCCGAUUAUGAUCCGUUUGCCUGCGGAUGGUUGAGGGCUUCUAAUGGAGUACAGUUCUUUACUGCAGUCACAUACGCCCUUCAACAGAUAAAUUCCAAAAUGUCGCCUGUGAGUUUGAAUGGCGUUUCCUUGGGAACACUUUUAUUUGAUCAUUGUAAUGUCCAGGGACGUUCACUUGAUUUGGUGGCCAAUCUGUAUGCUGGACUUCUGCCUGUAUCACCAAGCAACCCAGAUUCAGAGAUGCUGCAUGCCAGAAAUGUCAAAGCAUGGAUCACCGACAGUACAGCGGCAGUAAUUGACAUGAAGGAUGCCGCUAUGACUCUCAACUUGCCUCUUAUUAGUCCAUUUGCCUCUAGUGAACCACUAAACAAUGAAGAAUUAUUCCCAACAUUCUUCCGUACCGUUGAAGGGGACGUCACUCUAUCAGUUUCCAUGGCAAAACUUGUAAAAUCUAUGAAUUUUAGAUUCUUAACUGUUGUCUAUUCCGAUUCUGAUUAUGGUCUGGCGGGCUUAUCAACAUUCCAAACUGUUGCUUCACAGGAGGGACUUUGUAUUCUUCAAUCUUUCAUGGUCAGCGAUUCUUCUCCAGCAGCAGACAUUGUACAGAAUAUUGCGAUUAGCACAAGUCAGGUAGUUAUAAUGUGGACCAAUGCUGCUGACUCAAUAGCUAUGUUCCAAGCACGUAAAAACAAUGUAGCAGCUGCCAACAUCCUGUACGUGUUUCCCAUGCCUAUGAUGACAUUAGCAGAACAGUAUGGUAGUGGAGGAAAGUCGUUGAUGUUGAAUAUUAAAACGGGAAAUGUGCAGGGUUACCUUGACUACAUGACGUCGUUAACAACAAUGGAGAUGUUUUGGAAAUAUCCUUUCUUGAUUGAGUACUACAUGACUCUGUUCCUUUGUGAUUUGCCAGGCGUAUCAGUGUUCAAGACUCCAUGUACAUUCCCACUGAGACCUUUCAUGGACAGUCCCUCCUUCUCCCAGGAUAACUAUGUGGUGCCAACCAUCAAUGCAGUGUACUCGUUUACUGCCGGCCUGGAUGCCCUACUGAAGGAAAAGUGUGGACCUGAUUAUGAUGGAUUGUGUACAGCUUUCUUAACCAUGGAUUCCAUGAGUGAAACUCUCAUGGAGAAGAUGGAAGGAAUCUCCUUUGUUGAUCCGACUGGAAGCACCUUCCGUUUCCUAGAUCGAGAGGGCAAUACUGGACUUGACUUAUUCUAUUAUGAUGGUACAACUACAAAACUGGUCGGCGACAUUGCCGGAGCUUCACUCCAGAUUACUGAUCCAACCUUGAAAAGCCAAGUUGUUAAUACAGCAUCCGCAUGCUACAGUGACCCCUGUACAAUCUGUAUAAACAACAUCAAUACCUUCAACUUCACCUAUAAAGAGGGAGACAUCUUAAUAGGAGGUAUUUUUGAUGUUCAUGUCCGGGACUUGACCCCUUUCUCCUGUGGCGAUCUCAAGACUCUCCAUGGGUUCCAGCUCUUAGAAGCCUUUAACUAUGCAAUUGACAAAGUCAACGACAAAUCUGGUAUCUUUGCAAAUGUUCUCAAGAACGUCAAACUUGGAGGUGUGGCACUUGACUCGUGUGAAAGUGCAAUUCGCACUGGAUAUCUUGUGUCCAACAUCCACAAUGGAUUGACCAAGUUGACCCAUAAUGCGCAGACAGUGAACCCUGAAAAUAUCAACAUGUACAUUGGAGCCUAUUCUAGCGACAGUUCUAUAUAUCUGGCCAGGAUUUUAAAAGCUUUGAAGAUUCCCCAAAUCAGUUACGCUUCAACAAGUACACAGUUACUAGAUACCAUAAGAUAUCCUUAUUUCCUGCGAUCUGUUCCAACAGAUGACAAGCAAGUGGAAGGCAUCAUCAAAUUCCUGGAUAAAUUCAACCUGCGAUAUGUCCAGGUGGUGUAUAAGCGUGACAACUACGGAGAGCUUGCUACAGAAGCAUUCACAAACAUGGCUGCCCAAUACAAAAUCUGUGUAUCAAACACCAUUGGAUUCCCUGACAACGGGUCUGUCACCCGAGAAAGUGCCAAUGAAGUGGUGACCUACCUUCUGGAACAGCCGAACGCUAACACUGUUGUUGUUUUUGCUAGCACAGAGUACAUCAAAGGCCUUGUACAAGGUAUCAGCAGGAAUCCAAACGCACAUGGCAGAUUCCACUUUGUUGGAUCAGAAACCUGGGGCAACAAUAUGGAGGCAAUAGCUGGAAACGAAGAACUAGUUAAAGGAGCAGUGACACUUACAUUGGAAUCAUCAGACAUAUCCGACUUUGACAUCUACCUGGGGUCAAAAUCUCCUGGAAACUACCCAGAAAAUCCAUGGUUUCCGGAAUUUUAUGAAGAAAUGUUAAAUUGUUACCUAACCAUACCAAACGGAAAACAUCCAUACCAGUGUACAAGUAUCUCGGAAAAUAUUGUUGCCCAGAGGGAUUACAUUCAGGACCCCGGAAUUCUUCACGUGAUUAACGCCGUCUUUGCUGCAGCUUUUCUCAUUGAUAAGACACUGAAGGAGACCUGCGAUUCAAACUACACAACAGUGUGCGAGAAAUACCGAAACAACCAGAACCGUCAUGAUCUGUUGAUGAGUCACAUAGAUGAUGUCGAUUUCAGUGAUCCGACAAAUACGCAAUUUGAGUUCACUGACCGUAGGGAAGGCAACAAAGGCUACCAAAUCUACUCCCUAAAUAAGAAAAUGAUCGCUUUCGAUGAAGGAUAUUCUUAUGACAAGAUUGGUUCAUAUUCAUUUACUGGCGACCUGAACAUUGACCCAACUUACUCACCGUCCUGGGACGGCAGCUGUGACCGACAAGACGCCUGCACUGAAUGUCCUACAGUGAGAAAUACGAAGGCACGUGACAUGUCACAGCCUGCUGUCAAUGCCAAUGCUGCUACUUUCCUUCUUGUAUUGGACGGCCACAAUCAAGGUUCCGAUCCAUUUAGAUGUGGAACUCUCAAAAUUGGCAACAUUCAUAUCGCUCUAGCAUUUUUCUACACUUUGGAGAAGCUGACUCCAAAGCCGUACGACGUACGAGGUGUAGUUUUGGACUACUGUUCAAAUACUCUUCGAAUUGAUCAGGACCUCUAUAGCUUGCUAGCCGCAGGACAAUUGUGCAGCACUGCUUUUGGAGCUAACGGGAUGGUAAACAAUAAAACCAUUACUGGAAUAUUGACGACUUCCUCAUCAUCCACUGUUGCUGUCAACAGGGUAGUGAAACCUUUGAAGAUCCCAAUUAUCAGUAGUCGGGCAACCUCCGCACUUCUGGCCAACCAAAAUGAUUAUCCCUACUUCUCCCGCACUGUUCCUCCCGAUGACCAUCAGAUGGGUGUGAUUGCUGACAUUUUGGCUUCAAAUGACUGGACCUAUGUUUCUGUUGUGUAUUCAAUGGAGUCUUAUGGCAUUUCUGGUCUAGAACAGCUACAACGGAAUGCCAGGUCUAGAGGAGUUUGUGCCACCAAUGCUGUUGGAAUUUCUGUCCCAGGCAGUAUGGAAGAAGCUAAAGCUGUUGUCCAGGAACUCACAACAUUUGCUGGUGCUAAUGUGGUUGUUCUUUGUACAUUAUAUCCUGAAACCAUAAUGGCCGCUGCAAAGGAGCUAGAUAUGGUUGACCGCUUCAUUUGGAUUGGUACAGAUACCUGGGGACGAUCUCCCACCAUACCUGUUGGAAUUGAAAACAAACUUCAUGGAUUAAUUACUGUAGAUAUACGUAGCGCCAUUGUGCGUAACUUUAUAGAUUAUGUUAAAGAAAUUACGUACAACAGCCGAAAAAAUAUGCCUUUGGAUUGGUUUGAAGAGUUCUACCAAGAAGUACACCAGUGUCAGCUGUCAGAUGCUCAAACACCGGUCACAAAAUUCACAAAUCUCUGUAACAAAGCAGAAAUUAUUACAGACAGUAUGGUGAUGUCCAGUAAUGCAUAUAUCUUACAUACCAUAGCAGCCACUUAUUCUCUAGUUAACGGUCUGAACAUUGUCCGUACUGGAGACUGUAGUCUGGCUGCUACGUUCGCUGACUGUUUCUCCGAUAUGCAUAAUUGGGACCGCCUCCUGAAUGCCAUCCUUAGCACUGACUGGGAUAUGCACAAUACCCUUGAUCUCGAACCACCAGAUACUUUUAAUGUGCGUUUCAACAGCCAGCGUUUUGUUGAUACUGGUUACAACAUUUACACUUACAUGAAUGAUGGAACAGGAUACAAGUACCAUCUGGUUGGUUCCUCCACAGGUAGAACAACAAGUCUAGACGGUUAUGACCACAACCGAGGUGAAAGUUUUACAUCAAAAUGCCCACCAGCUGCUGUUUGUGACUGCGAUGUCAUAACCAAUUCACCUCAAGCUCUUGUUUCAAAUGAAACAGACGAACGUUUCACAGAACCCAGAAAUUACUACUUUUACAAUGAGCGAGUAAAUGACUUUGGACAGACAGUAUUUGACCAAGUGUAUACGUGGCCGAUCUGGGCAAUCGCGAUCGGUGUCCUCACUAGUGCAGGGCUUCUGGUGGCAGUUUUACUUUUCCUGUAUUUCUUGGUAGCCUAUCCCGUUCGAGGCGGCACCACAAUUCUUGGCUUCAUGGUGCUGUUGGGUGUUAUUGGAAUAUAUGCCAUUAAUUUUGCAUUCUUCUUGCCUGCGUCUGAUUCUACUUGUGGGGCGAGGCGGUUUAUGAUGGGAGUUGUAUAUGCCAUCGUCUUUGCUGCGCUUCUUGUAAAAGCCCUUGACAACUGGCGGUACAGUGACAUGGAGUACAGCGUUCGCAAAUACAAAGGACUCACCAGUGCGUGCUCUCUCUUCCUGGUGGCACUUGGGAUUGUGGCCAUUGAAGCUAUUAUUCCAAUCAUGUGGUUGAUCCUUGUGCGUCCCACCGCCAGUUUGUACACAGAAGGAAUGCAGAUGGAUGACUGGUCAUGGUGUGACCCACACGACCUCUAUGAUCGUGCCUUAGUAAUGUCCAUGAUUUUUGUCAUGUUCCUGGUGGUGGUUACGGGAAUUGUGGCAUCUCUUGCCUGGGACAGUGACAGUAAUUAUUACGAAUCACGCUGGAUCUUUGUGUCCAGCGUGUGUACAGCAGGCUGUUUCCUGGUGUGGAUGAUAGUAUCCACCAAUGCAGGACCUCCGUACAGAGACCCUGCGGUCGCAUUAGGAAACUUUGUAAAUGCGACAGCUCUCCUGAUAUUUAUUCCCAUCAGGAAACUGGUGCUUCUCUGUUACCUAAAAAACAACGAUGAGGCAGACAAAGUUCAACAUCUGGGCGAUGAACGUGUAGAUGUAUACUCCACUGUUUACUCAAACCAAGGUUAUGAAGGAGAUAUGUUCCAGCCCAUUGAAUCUAAACACAGCUCCGACAUGGGCUUCGAAAACCACAACUUGUAAUUGAGAUAGAUGGUGAACACAAAUGAUGAUUUAGAUGCAAGGAAAGCUGGUGGCAAAAUGCUUCAUUGACAAAGGCUCCAAAUGACAAGGAACCGUUAUCACCAGCGACAUAGAUGUAUGGAUUUGUCAUCUGCAAGCAGAAAAUAACAUCUUUAUUAAUUAGUUAACACAAGCAUUUUCUGAAUUUCAUUAUCCUACCACUCUUUAUGUGAAAGAAGAAAACCACUUUCAAAAGAUCAUAUAAUCUUCCAGCAGAGGUUUUUUUUAUGUAUUUUUGUCCAAACUUGUUAAAAUUGGAUUACUUGCCACAAAAGACAGAAAAAUUAAGGGCUGGAUGUAUAUUAUGAGAGAAAGAAGAUGUGUGUAUGUGUGUGUUUAAACAAAGUGUAUAUUGUAUGUUUUAAUGAUGGUUAACAUGCAAAGAGGACAAAAGGAUCAAAAACUAAGCUGUUUUAAUAAACAUGCCAUCUUUGUUAAAAAAUUUUACAAAAUGGUAAUUUAUCUUUCAUUUGAUAUUCAUAGAAGUGAAUUUUACACCCAAAAUCUGUUUGUUGAGAUAUUUUUUAUUAUUUAGGAUGAAAAUCUUGAGAAAUUUAUUUCUUUUUCCUCCACAUGUUUGUCUUACAAACUGUUGAUUAUUUUCAGUGCUUUUUGGAUUCAUGUUUAAAUCAUAUUCAAGAGUUUAGUGGGUCACAAGUUUGAAAGUUAGUUCAAUGUUUGACUUAAAAGCAUAUCCAUAUCAUUAUUAUUUGAUAAACUUAUAAACAUUCUGAUUUCAUAUCCUGUUUACUCAUUUUCUACGGAACAUGCUCAGACGAGAAUAGUGUGUUUCAUUAAAAGCUGUAAGAAGGUACCACUCUGAGACAAUCUUAAUAUGGUCGUUAGGCACAGGUAAUUAAUACAACAAGGAGUAUUUCAAGUGGUCUUCUUACACUGGUUGUUUAGAGAUAUCAAAGGUUCUCAAUUUUUGUAUUUUUAAGACUUUACUGUCUCAAAUUUUAAACUUUUGAUUUUUGCACAUAAUGAAAAUCAGUUUUGACUGAGUGUAUGAUUAUAGCACCAGCCGUGUUUCAAACAUCACACAGAACGGUGAUAUCAUCUUUUAAAAUCAAAUAUGAAAUGUCCAUUUUUGUGAUUGCUGCAAUACAGCAAACUUGUAAGAAGGAAUGAAUGCUAAGCAUAAAGUUAAUGAUAAUUUGGGCUUACCUUUAAAUAAUGGCAAUGUUACUGCUUGUAUGGUUACGCAAAUAUCACUGACAAAGGAAAUGUGUGUACGUUCCUGUACAUGUUCAUUUUGUUGUAAAGAAAAAAGUUACUAGUUCUCUUAGGGGCAUAAUGAUACUGUUUACUUCAUUAGCAAAGAUUCACAGAUGACCCUAAAGUUUGAUGGUGAAAAUGAAUGGAUAAAGUAAAUUGACGUAAAGUCUUGAAAUUUUAGGUCACCUGAGACAAAGACAAAUAGCCUAUUGCAACCUUCAUCCAGAGUCGUGCAUCUGUAAACAGUUUAACAUUUUCGACUUCUUCUUAAAAACCCCUGAACCGAUUUCUAUGAUAUUUUGCAGAAAGCUUCCCUGGCUUAAGAUGAUGAGAAGUUGUGAAUUUCACAAUCCCUACCCAACAGGGGCCUGAGGGCCGGGGCUAAAAGGGGUCAAAUUGACUUGGAUUUUAAAAAUCUUCUUCUCAACACCCAGAUAUGGUAGAAUCAAAUAUUCUUCAUGAAUUAAAGCAUCUUAAGGUACUUUACAAAAGCUGAGAAUUUCAUGGCCCCAGGGUCUCACAUUUCCCCAUCGGGAGGGAGUAAAGUUUAUUAUAGUUUAUAUAGGAAAACUAGAUUUUUGAGAAUAAUUUGUGAUCAAGUGCUCUGUGAAUGAAAGCAUGGAAGGUGCUUUAAUUUCCAAAAUAAGUCUCCCAUUUCUUCCUGAGGAGGAAGUUUUAUUAGACUUAAGUUUUCAUGUAAAAGUUGCUCUUUGGAAAUAACUUUGUAGGAAUUAUUAGUAUAGGAUGACAGUUUCGAUGGUAUGUAUGUAUUGACACUGGCUUACUAUAUUCAGUGUCACAAUUUCUGUUUCGUUACACUUAACUGCUCUUUAAGCUUUAUAUUCAAUAUUGCUUGCCUCAGGUGACUGGCAAGGCCCGCUAGGCCUCUUGUUUAUUAUCUUACCCUACAGUGUUAGGGGAGGCAAGUAUGUGUAUGGUUGUUGAUGAGCCUGUAUGAGGACUAUGAUAAGUUAGAUGUUGAUAAGGCAAUUGUAUCUCUUGUUUAGUGCUGUUCAGUAAUCCAUACAAAGCGCUAAUGCAUUCCACGAAAAAAACAUAUCGUAUAUAUAU